AUGGUUAGGCCGAACAAGAAUCAACCCAACUCAACUGAACUAACUGAGAACAAUGGGAUCAAUGGUUUGAAAUUUAAUAAACCUAUAAUUACAACUAUUAAACAAUCUAUAAGUAAUAAAGAAUUAUUGAAACGUGUUUCCCAAUUACAUGAAGAAUUAUCAGUACUUCAAGAUGAAAAUUUAGAACUUCAUUCAUUAGAUAAAAUUACUAAGGAUUUAAUCAAUUCAAAAUUACUAAAUAACUCAAGUAUUGGAGUACAAGCUUUUGUUUGUUGUUGUAUAUCAGAUAUUUUGAGAAUUUAUGCACCAAAUGCUCCAUAUUCAGAAGAAGAAUUAUCAUUAAUUUUUAAAGCAUUUUUUAAACAAUUUUCAAGAAUAGCAAAUACUAAAAUUAAAAAUGAAAAACCUCAAUUUUAUGUUCAAUAUGUUUAUCUUUUAAAAAGAUUAGCUGAAACUAAAUCAUCAAUUUUAAUGAUUGAUUUACCAGAUUCUCAAAAUUUAAUUGAAGAAUUAUUUGAUACUUUUUUUAAUUUAGCUACUAAAGAUUCAUUUCCACAAGAAUUAACUACUUUAGUGACUGAUAUUUUAUCUGAAAUGGUAUCAGAAUCUGAAACAAUUCCUAAUAAUAUCAUAAAAUUGAUCUUGAGCAAAUUUAAUAAUCAUGAAUCAAAUAAUUUAAAUAAUACAAUUAGUCCUGAAUUUAAUUUUUCAUUAUCUAUUUGUGAAAAUAAUGUUGAUAGAAUGAGUAGAUUGGUGGCUCAACAUUUUUCAGAAAUUUUAUAUCAUAAUUCAAAUAAAUUAGAAAUAGAAGAUGAAACUGAACCAGAAUUGAAAAAAAGAAAUGAAAAAGAAUUUCAACAAGCUAUGGAAAUUUUAAAUCAAAUUCAUCAAUUAUCAUUUCAAUUAUGGAGAUUUAUCCCGUCGAUUUUGUCAUCAGUAAUGGCCUUGAUAGAAGAUGAAUUAAAUGCAAGUGAUGAUAGAGUUAGAGUAUUAGCUACAAAAACUAUUGGUCAAAUGUUGGGAUGCAAGGUUUUCAGUACUACAAUCCCUUUACAUAAGGUGAAUUUUUUCAUUAUACAUAAAACAGUUUGGAGCAUAUGGUUGAAAAAAUCAUCAGAUAUAUCACCUCAAGUUAGAAUUCUGUUUGUACAAUCUUUGCCAAAUAUAAUCUCAAAUAAUCAGUUUGUAACGUCAGAUAUAUGUACAAUAUUGUCAAAUGAAUACAAAAAAUGCUUACUUGAUACUGAUCAAAAAGUUCGUGAUGCUACUUGUACUUCACUUUCUAGCCUUUCAUUUCCAAAUUUACUCAGAUUACUAAAUAAUGAUAUAUUGCAAAUCUUAUUUCAAUUGAUUCGUGAAAAAGUUAAGAAUAUUAGGGUGACAUCCAUAAAUCUUUUAUCAUCAAUUUAUCAGAAUUAUAUACAGCAAAGCGAUGAUUCAUUUAUAGAAACAGCAGUAAAGAAAUCAAUUUCAGAAAUACCAAAUCAAAUUUUGUCAUUGAUAUAUAUAAAUGAUAAAAACAUUACAGCAUUGGUUGAUUUUUCAUUAUUUGAAAAAUUAGUACCAUUGACUGAACUCAAUUCUGUUAAACGUGUGGAUACAUUACUUCAAUUUUAUUCAUCAUUAAAUGAAAAGGGAAAAGAAGCAUUUUUAGCAAUAAACAAAAGACAACAACAAGUCUCUAAAGUAAUUAAAAACUUCAUGGACUUAGCUGAUGAAACUAUUAGAGCUAGCACUUUGGAUAAAGAGAAUGAACCACCAUCUAGCGAAACUAUUAAAACAAAUAUGCUGAAAGUUGAAAAAAUAAUCAAUUGGUUUUGCAAUUCUUUCCCUGAUGAUCACAACACAUAUCAAUGCUUAUUAAGAUUAUUUCAAUUAAAUCGAGCAAGGUUUUUCCAAUUAAUUUCAAAUUGUAUAGCUGCUGAAUCUGAUAUUAAAACCAUAGUUAAUUCAAGAAAGGAGUUACUGAAUAAAAUUUCAGAUGCUAAAAAUAUAAAAUUGGACAAUAAUGUGGCUAUAAAUACAUCAGAUAUGGUUUUUAAUAUUGAUUUAUUAAUUUUGAGAGGUUCCCCAAUUCUUUAUAACAAAUCAAAUGUUGAUCAAUUAAUACAUUAUUCUAAGAAUUCAAAACAUGAAUAUAAUCAUAUGGCUAAUGAAUUACUUGAACAAUUUUCAAAUUCAAAUGCUGAAGUUUUCAAAAGUAAUGUUAGAUCUUUAAUGGAAUUAUGUACUACCAAAGAUGAUACUAAUAAAUCAGGUUCUUUAAAAACUAUUUACCAUUUUAUUAAAAGUUUCCCAGAUUUAUUUCCACAAGAAAUAUCGUUUACAGAAUCAUUGAAAAAUUUUGCAAUAGAAGGUAAGCCAGACGAAGCCAAAUAUGCAAUGAAGUUGAUUGGUUUAAGUUCUAGAAAGGAAGAUUUAAUUGAUUCUGUUUUAUCGAGAAUUUAUCCAUUUGAUUUUGAAACUGAAAAAGUUGCAACUCAUUUGAGCACAAUUGCUGAAUUAUUUUUAGUUGAUAAAUACUCCGUACUGGACAAAGAAUUGGAAUUAACACCAAAUCUAAUCAAAAAUAUAUUACUUCAAAAUUUUGAAAAUGAUAAAGAUGAAAACUUAAAGCUUUUGACUAUAAGAUUGCUCAUAAAUAUUUUAAAAUCUCAUGAAUCAAGCGAUAAUUGCAAAGAAAAAGCUGCACCAGUAUUGAAAUUAUUAAUUUCAAUUAUUGGUAAUAAAGGUGAAAUUGUUAAUGAGAAUGACCCAACAUGGCCCACAUCAGAUACUUACAAAGCAAAAUUGAGAUUACAAUCUGGAUUAUAUUUAUUAAAACUUGCUAAGUUGCCGGUAUAUAAUGAAGUUAUGCUUUCACCAACAUUACGUAUAUUAUGUUUCUUGUUAGUGGAUGACAAUGAAUUGGUUAAAACAACAUUUUCAGAGAAAUUAAAGACAUACCUUGCUAAUGAAUCAAUUUCCGAAAAAUAUUUAUCAUUGAUGUUUUUUGCUACGCCUGAUAAUUUUAAUGGUGAUAAUAAUACAUUAUGGUUAAAAUCUAUGUUUAAAAGAUCAGAAGCUAAAAAGGAUUUGAAAUUUGAAAAAUCUUUGGUAAGAUUAACUCACAAUAUAACUCAUCAUGAAAAAUUUGUAUCUUUAAUGGGUGAUUAUUCUGAUGAUUCUCAAAAAUACGAAGCUUACGAAUUUUCAUCAACUUUCCUAGUAUAUUAUGUUCAACUAAUAGCUAAACCAGAAAAUAUAUCAUUACUUUAUUAUUUGGUAAGCAGAAUUAAACAAUAUAGAGAUGCUUCAAUUUCAAGUUCUGAAUAUGAUAAAAAUCCUAAACCUGAAGAAAUCUCAAAUUUAUAUAGGGUAUCUGAAUUAGCACAAUUAAUUUUAAAAAUUUAUAGUGAUUUAAAAAAUUGGUCAAUACAAACAUGGAGUGAUAAAUUGAAAUUACCUCAAGAAAUAUAUGCACCAAUGGGUAGUGCUGAAGAAGCUCAAUCUAUUGUAUCUACAAUUUUCAUUCCUGAAUCAAUUCAAAGUAAAUUGAUUGCAGUUAUUAAAAAAUCAUUUUCAACAGAUUCUAAAAGAAGAAAUGAUGAUAAUAGAAAUGGUACUUCUUCAAAACGUCAAAAACUAGGAGCAUCAACAACCAUGAAAAAGAGAGUGACAUUCUCAAAAUCAAAAACAAAAACCAAAACCAAAACCAAAACCAAGGCGAAACCAAAGAAAGUGAUCAAAACUGUUGAACCAACUAGAAAAAGUAGUAGAAUUGCUCAAAAAGUCAAUUAUAAAGAUCAAUUGUCAUCAUCAGAAGACGAAGAAAUGGAAGACAUCGACGAAGAAGAAAGUGAAAUGGAAGACGAAGAAGAAGUAGAAGUAGAAGUAGAAAAAGAGAAAGAAGAAGAGGAAGAAGUGAAAGGAGAAGAAGAAGAUAAAUCAGAUGUUGAUGAAGAAGAGAAUGAUUGA